UUCAGUGUUCAUUUUAUAUAUACAAAACCAAAAAUUCGCAAAAAAACUUAAAUAUCAACCAACUGACAAAUUAAUUUUCUACUGUUUACAUCAUCAGCUUGUUGAUAUUUAGUAGCAUAACAAAUUAAAUAUACAGAUGUAUGUAUAUUAAAGCCAGACCUAGUGCUGAGUUGGCCGGUUCGUGCGUAGUGCUUGAUUUUUCAUAGAUCUUCAAGUGAUUAAUUUUUCUUUUUAUCUUACGUCCGGGAAUCCAUUCUCAAACUAAAAAACACUCACAGCAUCAUAAAUUGAAUCGGGCGAAAAGUCUGCCUAGUCCAAAAAACAGUGCGAUAAAAAUAUUUUUAAGAAAUAUUUUAUAAAGAACCAAUGAAACAAAAAAGCAAUAUAAAUAAAUUGUAAUUCUACAAAGCCAUCGGAUAACUUCGUAUAAAUAACAUCAAAUUAAAAUUGUAAAAACGAAACUAAGUUUGUCCAAAAACCUGCAUAACCAAACCUUUAAGUGCAAAUAUAAAAACUUCGUUUAUUGCAAAGCCUGCAACAAAAAGUUGUUGCAAAAAUACAACAAAAAUUCCAACGGCUUACAAUUAAUUAUAAGUUAAAAUCGCAAUAUAUUCGGAAACGCGUUAGCAUAAAAAUAAAUCUCGAUGGGCACUAAUUCAGGAGCAACAACUGGCAUAAAUAAUAAACCCGUCGGUGCGGGUGGUGCAAGCGGUAGUAGCGUUGUUGGCGGUGGCGGCGCCAGUGGUGUAGGUGGCGUUGGCGGUGUUGGUGGUGUCGGAAACAACAGUUUGAGUGGUGUCGUCGGAUCUGGAGGGAUUGGCAUUAGUAAUAAUAUUACGCCCGGAACUGUAGGUCUUGGUACAGGAAGCAAUGGUAGCGAAGAUAGUGGCAAUGGCGGAGGUGGCGGGUCUACCGGCCAGAACAAUCAACAAACUACGCCACAAUAUACCAUACCAGGCAUUCUACACUUUAUACAGCAUGAAUGGUCCCGUUUUGAGUUAGAACGGUCUCAAUGGGAUGUGGAUAGAGCUGAAUUACAGGCGCGCAUAGCAAUGCUAUUGGGCGAAAGAAAAUGUCUUGAAAGCCUCAAAUCAGAUCUGACACGACGCAUUAAAAUGUUAGAGUACGCUUUGCGACAAGAGCGUGCCAAAUUCUAUCGACUCAAAUAUGGUACUGAUCCGCCUCAAUUGAACGAGUUGAAGCCACCAACUGAUGAUGCUGGUCUUGGUAGUGAAGUAGCACCUGAUUCGGAAGUACCAUACAGUUCAGUAUCGAAUACAACUUGGCGGCAAGGUAGACAAAUGCUACGACAGUAUUUGGCCGAAAUCGGUUACACAGAUAAUAUAAUCGAUGUACGUUCGAAUCGAGUGCGCUCAAUACUUGGUCUCAAUAACAACUCCGAACAGGAGGAGAAUGUCAGUCCCAAUAUAAAUGGCAAUGAGAAUAAUAAACGUACUGCGGAAUCAGAGGGUCGUCGCACACCAGCUAAAAAAGCACAACAAAAUGAUGCCAUAAUUUUGGAUACUGAGGCCGCGGUAAUGGCUAAUUUCGAAUUUCUUGGUACUACUGAAAUGUCUGAUGACGAUGAGAUUUCUGACGAUCUCGAAAUGGUCUCCGGCGAAAACGAUGAUACCGAUAUGAAAACAACAAAACGUAAUAAAAGUAGCAAGGAUUUGAUAAGUGAAGAUCUUGAUGCCGAGGUUGGGGAGCAGCUUCUGAAUGAUAUAAAUCUAAUAACCGAAGGAUACUCAUCAUCGAAUACGACGGAACAAUUGAACAACACUGCUAACAAUGCAGCUGCCUCAGCCGCUGCCCGGCGCAAUCUCAUUACCGCUGUUACAGCCGGUGGCGAUGAAGAGGUUGACGCCUCGCUCGGCCUUGGCGAGCUGGCACAAUUGACGGUGAACAACGAGGCGGAGAGUUCGUACGAUGCGAACGCUAAGGAUGGCACUGGUGGCGGUACUGGAAGCUACCGUAAAACUUGGAACGCCAAAUAUACGCUGCGUUCCCAUUUCGAUGGUGUACGUUCAUUGAUUUUCCACCCGGAAGAACCGGUGCUGAUCACUGCAUCUGAAGAUCACACACUCAAAUUGUGGAAUCUACAGAAAACGGUACAAGCCAAAAAGUCAGCUAGUCUCGAUGUGGAGCCACUAUACACGUUCCGUGCACAUACCGGACCCGUACUGUGUCUCGGCAUGUCCACCACCGGUGACGUUUGCUAUUCGGGCGGUUUGGAUGGUAACAUUGAAUGCUGGCAGCUACCAUCGCCAAACAUCGAUCCCUAUGAUUGUUACGAUCCGGGCGUACAUUCAGGCACAUUAGAGGGUCACACAGACGCUGUAUGGGGACUGACCACGAUGCAUAGCAAUAUUGUGUCAUGCUCAGCCGAUGGCACCGUGAAACUCUGGUCGCCGUACACCAAGGAGCCGCUAUUGCGCACCUACACUGCUUCCGAGGCUGAAGGUACACCAUCAUCUGUGGAUUUCGUGCGCAAUGAAGUCGAUCACAUUGUGGUGGCGUAUAAUAGCGCUCAUUGUAUUGUGUAUGAUACGGAAACCGGCAAGCAGGUGGUCAAAUUGGAGGCUACACAGGAGAUGUCUGGUAAUACGGGGAAAUUCAUUAAUAAAGUGGUAUCGCAUCCGACGCUGCCUAUAACAAUCACUGCGCAUGAGGAUCGACAUAUACGCUUCUGGGACAACGUUUCGGGUACGUUGAUACACUCGAUGGUGGCACAUUUGGAGCCGGUCACGUCGCUUGCUGUGGACGCGCAUGGCCUGUAUUUGCUAUCGGGCUCACACGAUUGCUCGAUACGACUUUGGAAUUUAGACAAUAAGACAUGCGUGCAGGAGAUCACAGCGCAUCGCAAGAAAUUCGAUGAGAGUAUAUUUGAUGUGGCGUUCCAUGCUACUAAGCCAUACAUCGCUAGCGCUGGAGCGGAUGGCUUGGCCAAGGUGUUUGUUUAAAUAUGCAUAUUUUGGCCUAUUCGAAAUCAUCAGCAAAACAACCACCACCACCACCACCAAACAACAACAACCCGCUAGAUAACAAACAUAUAUGUGUGUGUGCGUCAUUAAAAAAAAAAUGGUAGAAACAAUGAGUUGAGAAAUUUGAUUUUAAAAGGACCAUGCGACGUUGAUAAAAGCGACGAAGGAAGAGUAGCAGAGUAAUUUAGUAAAACACGACACGCUGUUAAGAGAGUUAAUGGAGCAGGAGGAUGUCAAAUAGCAAGCAAGCAGUUGAACGAUUGAAGAAUUGUAGUGCAAGUAGAGCUGUAGUUGGUUUAAAUUAACAAAACAGAAGUAACAAAAACAAAAAAACUAAUUAUAUAUAUAUAUAUGAUACAUUUAUUAUUAUAAAAAUAUGGAUUAAGAAGCAUUUCUACUACAUACAUACAACAACAAAAAGGAAAAUUGCAAUAUAUAUACAUAUAUAUAUAUAUAUAUAUGCAUAAUAAAUAAAUAAAUAAAUAAUAAAACUUUUCUAAAAACAAACAGCAACUACAAAAUGCAAGAAAUUAAAAUUAAAUUAAAGAGCAUUCAUAAUGACAUGAGUGUUUCCCAUGUCUUAGUAAUUAGAGCUAGAGAGGAUUUGCAAACGCAAGCUAAAAUCGAAUGAUAUACUCAACACAUGAAUGUAUUAAGUAUAUAAAUAAAUAUUAAAUAUAUAUAUAGUUUACAAUUAAAAUUGUUUGAUUUGUUUCACUCAUACGCUCUCUUGCGACCGUUCUUUUUUUCAGGUUUUCGGGCAGCUUUUAGCGUAGAUGAAAACAAAUGCGUUUUCGAAUAAAAAUAAAACCAAAUAAAUUAUAACCAAAAGAAACGUCACUGCGUAUGCGCUGCAUUUAAAAAUGUAAGCCGUAAUAAUCUUGACCUUAUAUUCAUAUUCUUUUUUUUAUACAUAAAUAACCAAUAUUCUCAAUUUACCGUAUAUUUUUCCUUAUAAAUGGCCUCAUUUAUUUUGCUCAGUUUAAAAUAAAUAAAUAUUUGCGUUAGAAACAGGAAAUUGUUUCAAAUUCGUAUUUUGUUUUUCACACAAAUAGUGUUAAAAAAGUUAGUACUGGCGUUUUUCAUCACUAAAAGCGCAUUUAUUGCUAACAUCUGCUUAUGAAAUAUAUAGAAAAAAUAUAUAUUAAUAUACUAUAUACCCAUCAUUUGGUUGAGUAUAUCAUUCGAUGUUUCCUCUACUUAGCAAUUAGCAACAGUAAAAUCGUAUAAAUAUGACUUCAUGUGGUUUAGAAUAAAAACGAGCAACUACACACGAAUGCAGCAAGCAUAAAACUGGUUUAUAAAAUAACUGCUAAUUUUCAUUCGCUUAACUGAUUUCCGCAAAAUCCCGUCCUAUUCCUGUCACUCGUAGCCCGAGAUGUAAAAAAGUAUUACAUUCAACUAUUAGCAGCAAUCCAAUUACGCAACAAGAAAAAAUUAAAAUAACCAAUAUGUGUAAAAUGUACUACAAACAGGCCGCGUAUUAAGAGUAUUCGAGUUAUAAUUAAGUAUGAAAAAUAGUGGCAUUUAUAAAAUCAUGUACAUUUUAUGAGCAUAUUAUAAAUAAUGUUUUUUUAUUAACCAACUUUUCGAUACUUUAUCUCGCAUACUUUUUUUUUGCGGAACAUGUUUUAGUUUUUUGGUAUAAAUAACUGUGUAGACAACUAGACACUGCAUACAAAUGUAGCAAAAAUUACACGUAGACAAAACUAAAUGUAUUUUAUAAACAUAAUUCAUUACAAACCGAACUAGCUUAACGCAGCUCAUUAACCAUAUUAAACAAACAUUAAACAUUUUCAAUGCAGUUUAUACAUUUAUUUAUUGAAAUAGUUGUUGUUUGCAACGACAUGUCUGCUCUAUCUAUUAAGCCCAGACUCGUCUAACGUAUACUCGCAGUUGUAAAUAUUCAUACAUAAUUUUUA